AGGAUUCAAGGAUCCAGGAAGUUGAGAUCGAGAGGAAGGGACGUUCGUCAUCAGCACCAUGGCGUCUGAGGGAGUGGUCGAGCUGCGUGAUUGGCUGUUCCUGCUCAUGCUCUGCCUGACUCUGUUGUCCGAGGUGCUGGAGAUUGCUGCAGCCACAGGGUACGACGAGGAGGGAGACCCAGUGUGCCCCUCUGUCUGCCGAUGUGACGAGGACUUCAUCUACUGCAACGACCGUGGCCUGAGCUCUAUCCCCCCUCUGCCCCCCUCUGCCACUGUGCUCUACCUUCAGAACAACCACAUAGACAACGCCGGGCUCCCCACCUCCCUAGAGCGUCAACUCACCAUCCGAGUGGUCUACUUGUAUGAUAACGAGCUGGAUGACUUCCCCAUGCACCUGCCCCCUUCCCUCCGGGAGCUGCACCUGCAGGACAACAACAUCCGUACGCUUCCCCGCGCCACCCUGGCCCGCAUGCCUCUACUGGAGAAGCUGCACCUGGACGACAACUCUGUCUCCACCGUCAGCAUCGAGGACCAGGCCUUCGUUGACAACCCACGGCUGCGCCUGCUUUUCCUGUCACGUAACCACCUGUCCAGCAUCCCCUCUGGGCUCCCGGCCUCUCUGGAGGAACUGAGGCUGGACGACAACCGCAUCUCCACCAUCCCCACCCACGCCUUCCGUGGCCUCUCCUCCCUGCGACGCCUCGUUCUGGACGGGAACCUCCUGGCCAACCAGCGCAUCGCAGAUGACACCUUCUCCCGCCUCUCCAACCUGACAGAGCUUUCAUUGGUGCGUAACUCCCUCCUGACCCCGCCACUCAACCUGCCCAGUACCCACCUGCAGCGUCUCUCUCUGCAGGACAACGCUCUGAUCCACAUUCCCCGUGGCUCCCUGGAUGGCAUGAGGAGGCUCCAAAGACUGGACCUGUCUGGCAACAACCUGACCACCCUGCCUCGGGGCCUAUUCAAAGACCUGGACAACCUGGGACAACUGCUGGUGCGGGGGAAUCCCUGGCACUGUGGCUGUAACCUGCGCUGGUUACAUGACUGGCUUCAUGCUAGGGGUAACUCCAUCACGGUGAGGGGCCUCACCUGCCAGGGGCCUGACAAGGUACGAGACAUGGCCCUUAAGGACCUGACCAGUCAGAUGGAGGAGUGUGAAGUCCCAGGCAUAGUGGCUGUCGGGGCUGGGGUCGGGGCCACAGGAAGUGAGACCAGAGACAGAGGGGGUGGAGCAGACGUAGGACAGGUUGAUGCUAGCGCCACCACCCUCGCCCCUCCACAGGGCUCCCUUUUCACCCUGCGCUCCAAGCGGCCCGGCCUGGGGCUACCAGACUCAGGUCUAGACUACACACUGGGCAGCAGUGGAGUAGGUAAGAGCCUGGCCCUGAAUGUCAAGCCCUUGGCCCCCGACAGCAUCCGUGUCACCUGGAGCGUGGCCCAGCCCACCUCUUCCUUCAGACUCAGUUGGCUGCGGCUGGGAACCAGCGCUGCCAUGGGCUCCAUCACAGAGACCCUGGUGAGAGGAGACCGCAGAGAGUACCUGCUCACUUCCCUGCACCCCCACUCCAGCUACAUCAUCUGCAUGGUGCCCCUGGCGGCCAGCUCCGGGGGUAGAGGAGUCAUGGCAGGUGGAAACACUGACUCAGAUGAAGCUCCAGUGUGCACUAAAGCUGAGACGUCAGACCCCAGUCAGCCAGAUGUGGGCCAGGAGGACAACCAGGACCCUGAACACAUGGCUACUCUACCUCUGGCUGGGAUCAUUGGAGGAGCUACGGCCAUCGUCUCUCUGGCACUCAUAGUUGCCGUCUUUUGCUGGUACAGGCAUCGGGCCGGACGCCUGUCUUCUCGUGAUCAAUACAGCCGUGGCAGCUCCAGAAAGAGCAAGCAAUACGAUGACUACAUUGAGUCAGGCACAAAGAAGGACACCACCAUCCUGGAGAUCCGAGGCCCAGGGUUCCAGAUGACACCCAUGGUUACCCACCAGCCGCUGCAACCCAUGCCCCUCCGGGAGGAUUACAUCAUCCACACUAUAUUCCCCUCCAAUGGCACCGGCCUCUACAAAGGUGCCCACCAAGUGUCCAAUGCAGGGUAUGGCACCAACCGUGGCUAUAGAGAAGGAGGGAUCCCAGAUAUAGACUACUGUUACACGUGAUAGUCCUGGCCAGUUCCACACUGUUCUAGGUGUACUGUAUAGAUGCACAGUUUUUUUUUUGUCCGCAUGGGUUCUUCUGAAGCACCCCCUUUUGUGCCUUCCUCUUCUAGUCUCCCAUUCCAGCUAACCCUGCUGUUUACUGCACUGACACUAUUUGAUGAAUUGGUUGGGAUGCCUGCAGGAAACUGCUACUGGUACACAGCAGCAGGGACUAACGAACGUCCCAUUACAGGUGUUGAUACGGACUGCUUCUUCACACCGUUAGUAAUGGUCAGUGUACUUGUUCAUCACUGCUUCCUCUCUCAGUGAGACAGAGUAAAAUAAUGUGCUGUGUUGAAACGGCAAGAUAUUUUCACAUACAGUACAGUUCCAUUUCAGGGCAUAUGUAUGGGAACGUCACACUAACAAAGCUGUAAGGUUAAAAAGUCCAGAAAGGGUCAGAGAGACAGACUGAUAUGCAUCCCUUGCCCACUGGCCAUAUUUUGCCCUCUUGGCUCAUCCGUUUAAAUGCCUCAACUAUCCUGAUGUGCCCAUUUUGUCCUAUCAGUUACCUGAAGACAGGGCUCUUUAAAGCUGUGAAGGGAUAUUUUUCAAACGGCCCACAUAACCGCUUGUCUUAAAGCAGACUAGUUGUAGUCUGAUCCAGUGGUUCCACAGGGUGAGGGUCUUGUCGGGGCCCAGGGGUGGCUGUCCCUGAAGAUAUCCUUGAUGACUCUGGCUAAAUUCUAUAACGGAACAAUGCAUUGAAUUCAAUGCAGCCCAGGCUUGUAGAUACUUUACUUAGAUAGACAUCCACUAAGCUGGUGCUUUGACCAGUCCCGUUUUUUGGAGCUGGGCCUUGACAUUUUUGAUGGGGAAAUUACUCUAAUGUCUCCCUUGAUGGGGAUGAUGGAUUUGUUGUAGGUCAUUUUUGAGCAAGAAGAAGAUUUAAGAAAUAAAUAAAAACUCUGAAGAUUAGAAUUCUCUUGACUGCACCAGCGUGAAUGUUUAUGUUAUGUACACCUCUUCAAUGAACACUAUCUGAAGCAAAAGAGACAUUAUCAGUUUACAAGACUUGGUUAAUAACAGAGUACCCUGCCAAGACUGACAAAUCACUACUUUGAGACUUAAGAGUCAACCCUCCAUUUCUCCCUCUGUGUAGUUAUCAAGUUACCUUAGAAGG